GGGAAUCGGCGCUCAUUGAAGAAAAAAAAAGUACUCCGGAGUAACUUUGACUGGAAAAGGGAAUCGGCGCUCAUCGUAUCUAAAAUCUGCAGCGCUUCGUUCCUGGAUACGAUCUGCCCUAUUCGAAGUACAAGCGAUCUGCAAAUUAGAACUUCAAGCAAUCUGCCAAUUAUAACUUCAAGCGAUCUGUCAUUUAGAAGUAUAAGCCUCGCUUCGUUCCUCCUGGAUACGAUCUGCCAAUUAGAAGAAGACUUCAUCCUCUUCAGAGUGCUUCUAAUUGUCCCCGGCAGAGCUUAGCAGAGUGCCAUUUGGACCAUUGAAAGGGGCCUAAUAUCAAGCCCACUUGAGCUUUUGGAGGUACAAACAUCCUUCCACGAGUUCCAAUGCAAUUUAGGUUCCGCCAUUAUUGUAUACCCAAAGAAAAUUAGCCAUUCUUCUAUUUAAAGUAUCAAUCACAACUCUAGGAAUAUAUUGGACUGCCAUAAUAUGUAAAGGAAUGGAAGAAAGAGUGUGCUUAAUAAGGAUAAACCUGCCCAUCUGAUUUAACAUACAGUUUAUGAUACCAAGAAUUGAGGAAGCUGUCAAAAUGAUCAAUAAGAUUCUUGCUGUGUUCCUUUCUAAGAUUACCCUUGCACAUAUUAGCACCUAGGUAUGUAAAAGGUAGUUUACCAACAGUCAUUUUCAGAACUUUCAUUGUUUACUUGCAAUACCAACAGAUAUAUUCCAAGCUCUUCAUUCAUGUGCAGAUACGUCCUCAGGAUACCAUAUCGUUCUGAAUAGUGAUUUGGCUCUUCCAGUGCUAGUUUUUCGUAAAACCUUGCCGAACCCUUCAUCACACCAUUGGUAGCCGUAUGAGUUGCGUAUGUAGAAGAAGUGUCGUCCAUCAGCUGUGCUUCCAUAGCCAAUUAUUAUGACGGCAUGGUUUCCGAAUUCUGCUCCUGCUCCAUCUCCAUAUUCUCCUUCAUACAAUUCCUGCAAAAAAAAUUAGAAAUGAGAGAAUUCCUUUCAGAAAUAAAAUAAAUCACUUCUUAUUUUUCCUCAUACAUCUUUUCUCAAACUUUGAAAUCUUGGACCCACUCUAAGCACCCCCACUACAGGUCCGUCCUGUAGGAGUCUCAGUAUGAGCCUUUCAUUCGGAUCAUCCUCUCUAACCCCUUCUCUAAUAUGCAAGUGAAGUCCUCUGAUGACCUGACAAUUGGAAAGUAGUAUUAGUUUUAAAUUCAAAAAAAGAAAAAUGUAUUAAUAAAAUACCUGGUGAGUUUUUUUCCCUCGCUUAUAUUUAUCAUCAAGACAUAUUCCUCCUCUUUUCAUCAGGUGUUCAACAGCUUUGAAUGAAGAUGUCCCGCGUACUCGAUGUUGGGUCUUAUACGUCUGGUCAAUGGCAUACAGUGGGGAAAAAGCUCUCCAAUCUUUCUUGUUUAAUUGUGAUUUAUUAUAUCUUGCUUCAACAGUGCCUACAGAGGCCACUGCCAAGCAAGUUGCUGCAAAAAAAGUGUAUGAUUAGAACAGUGAAUCAAAUGAACUUACAAAUAAAGGAUUACCUUGACAUUUGAGGUUUCACUAUUACAUUGGCAUAUGUUUUUAGGUGAUAGAAAUUGAGGUUCUUUAGCUGGAUGGAUAGAUGGAUAGUAAAAGUUUCUGGUGCACCACACUAAGAUAACUUAAGACAGUUGAGAACAUUAUUUCUACUUGGUUUCAAGAGUUUAUUUGUUCACAAUAAAACUUCACAUUGAGUGGAGAUUUCUUUCUUUCUUCCUUUUGUUAACAGUGAGGCUUCUUAUCCUAUAGUUCCAAAGCUUGGUUAUGUACUGCUAUAAGAGUUCAUUCAAACAUUUCUACACCGUUUGUACAGAUUUAUUUUCACUUUUGAAGAGGUACAUUAAAUAUAGUGUAUGAGCUCCGGUUUUUCUUGUCACGAUAAGGAUGUCGUAACCACUAUCUAGUUACACUGUAUAUUAGUUUGCCUCCCUGACCAUUUGAUUUACUCCAUACACGAUAUUGAUUGCUAUCGCUUUUCAUUUCUCUGCUAUACUUCGGCCAGUCUUUUGUCUACUUUCUGUGCGGGUUAUUCCUUGUCGUUCGUAGGUCAUGAAAUUCCUACAUCUCUCGCUGUUUGUUUUUCAUGUUCUUUAGGUAGUAGCAGAGUACAUACAUCUUCUUUUGUGUGUGUUUUUAGUUAACUGGUGGGUUAAUCAAUUGAUCACAGGAAAUGCGUGUGCUAAUUGAGCACUCUUAGCACUACAAGGAGACUAACUAGCAUAUGAAUUGAGUUGGGCCCAAUUGGAUCUCGCACAACUUCUCUAUAAGAAUGGUAAGUAUAUUUAUUUACUGCUAAUCACAUAUCAAAAUAAAGUCAAAAUCUAUUACCAUUUUGACUUAUCAAAGAUGCUUCCCAUUUCACGACUACAUUCUAGGAGAUCACCACACACAACCACUAUUGAGAACAUUCAUCCAGUUUUAUGACUCAAUUUGUAGCACCUCAUGACUUCACAAAUUGGAGUCUCUUAUGCAAGUGAGUCAAGUAAUUAGGUAAAAUCAGGAUGAAAAGAUAAUCUUAUACUCUUAGGAUAGAUUUCAUGAUAAUAUAUGCACUCAUGACUCAUCUCUCUUCUGGAAAUCUCUCUGGAAAUUUCAUAAUAUUCUACAAUUGCAUCAUCAUUAUUAGAUCUAUUCAUAGCAUUAGGCACUACUUUUUUUAAAUAUACUUUUAGAAAAAUAGCUGUAACCCUUAACAUGCAUAACAAGCCCAACAUCUUGCCUUUUUCAUUAAGCUACAAUGUUGACAUCUACUCUGAGAAUUCUCACAUACACUCUUAUUUCUUUUAGAACAUCAUGCAUGCAAUGUUCUUUUAAGGAACCUUUCAAAACAGAUGACAUUAACAUGCCCUUUUUUGUCAAAUUUUAAAUUUUGAAAAAGCCAUAAUUCAUAGGGUUGUGGAUUUGAAAAUUCUUGAUUACUACCAACUUUGUUACUCUCCUUUCACUAAACAAUGUUUACAAGAAAAAUCCACUCUCACCGAUUGAAUCAUGGUUUGACAUUUUCUUAAGCAAUUCUGAACUAAAGCAUUGAACAUGUGCAUUUACGGUAUGUAGUAGGUAUUUUGGUUCUUAACGUCACAUGGUUGUUUUUAUGUACAGGUUCUCUGCAUUUCUGAAUUUAAGUCAGCAUUUCCCUGCAGUAUGUUUGUUGCAUACUGCUACAAGUCUGAAUAGCUUGCUCCAAGCUGGCGACUCUACAACCAAUACUCAACAAGCAUCACCAAGAGUUUUUUUCUUGACAGCUUUACCCUCGAAGGCUUUUCUUGUGGCCCGGUCCAUUUCCCUUGCAGUUCACGGAUCCAGUCCAGGAAAGAUCUUCCUAAGAAGUGGAUUUUCACAUCCCAUUAAUGGCUGCAUUGAUUUAUUUUCAGCCAUACUUGCCUCAUGAGACACCAUAAGGUUUAAGGGCAUUGAGGAAGAGUUGAGAGAUCUAAGGAGAGAUGGGAGUGGGGUCCGCCAGAUUCAUGACAGGAUUUACGAUCUUGAUGUUUACAAUGAUCUCGGAAAUCCUGAUAAAGGUAUUGAUUACGUUCGUCCCAUGCUUAGUGGUUUAUAGUAAGAUAAGCCAAUGCAGUUCUUUUAAAAGUUUUAAGAAUCAUCCUGUUAUGGAGGAGCUUACAAGUUUUGGAGUUAGUUAGGUAUCAGAUAAAUUAAAUGAAAAAUCCAAGAAAACUGAUUUAUAAAGUGGUGUUUUAAAGUAUUUUUUUCACUUCUUAGGACUAGGUUACUACUUUGUGCUUCAAUUCUCUAAAUUGGUCAGAUUGUUUGAGGUUGUUCAGUACUUUAGUGUUCAAUACGUUGGUUUACCAAACACCAGUUUCUUUUCGUUAUUUGUUCUAGCUUGUUCAGCCAUGUUUCAUAUUUUCAUAUUUCUACUUUAGUAAAAUUUGCAUGAUCAUAUUGUUCAAGUUUGUCAUUCAUUGUGGCCUAUUAUUCAAUUAUAGUAAGAUAAGCCGAUACAUUAUUUAUAAAAGUUUAGGAGUUAUGCAGUCACAAGAGGAAAAUUAACUAGUUAGGCCCCGUUUGGUACACGUAAUUCAAGCUGUGGAAUUGGAUUUGAA